GGAUACUUUGCGUCUGGCUCGGAGCCUGGUGGUGGGGAGAAGCGAGCGAGCUAGCCAUGGAAGAGCUGACCGCUUUCGUCUCCAAAUCCUUCGAACAGAAAAACAAAGAUAAGAAAGAGGCGAUCACGUAUCGGGAAGUUUUGGAGAGCGGGUUAGCUCGAUCGAGGGAGCUGAGCGGCUCGGAUUCCAGCUGCCAGGACAUCACGGACAGCACUCAAUGCCCGACACACAUUUACAAGGAUAUAGAGAGCGAGAACGAAAAGGUGAAAGAAUUGAAUUCGGCGAGAAGUUCGGAAGGUAUUUAUGAAUGUAAGGAGAAGAGGGAUGACGUGAAAUCGGAGGACGAGGACGGGCAGACCAAGUUAAAACAGAGACGCAGCCGGACCAACUUCACACUGGAACAGUUGAAUGAACUGGAGAGGCUCUUCGAUGAGACUCACUACCCGGACGCCUUCAUGAGGGAAGAGUUGAGUCAGAGACUAGGGUUGUCGGAAGCCAGGGUCCAGGUUUGGUUUCAGAAUAGACGAGCCAAAUGUCGUAAGCAGGAGAAUCAAAUGCAUAAAGGGGUGAUAUUAGGACCCGGAGGCCAUUUAGACGCUUGUCGAGUUGCUCCGUACGUCAACAUGGGAGCAUUAAGGAUGCCCUUCCAACAGGUCCAGGCUCAGUUACAGUUGGACGGGGUCGCGCACGCCCACUCGCACCUCCACCACCACCUGGCAGCUCACGCCCCUUAUCUGAUGUUCCCCCCGCCUCCCUUCGGCCUGCAGAUCGCCUCCAUCGCCGAGUCAGCCUCGGCCGCUGCCGCCGCCGCCGCCGCCGCCGCCGCCGUCAAGACCAGCAGCAAGAACUCGAGCAUCGCCGACCUGAGGCUCAAAGCCAGGAAGCACGCCGAGGCCCUGGGGCUUUGACAAUCAACGGAAGCGGGUCGCCACUAUCUCCACCACCCCCAGCAUCACCACCCCCAGUGUUCGACUGGUGGCCAGUGUCAGACUUGCCAGUUUCAGAAACUCCUCUGUCAGUAUCAACAGUUGCACUACAUGCUGCAAAUGCAAGAACCCAAUGUGGGGAACAACAGUGGCGACUCCAUGCCCGGAUCUCAAGAGCACUUCUAAAAAAACAAACAUUCAAAAACUCAAAAAUCAGAAACAAAAUCACUCGGUAUCACAAACAUCAAACACCUCGAGUCAGACACAACACGGGCGAGGGUGGACAGGGCGAACUCCACUGCGCCGCAGGGCGACUUGGAACGGGCUGGUCUGGGUGAGAAAGACCACCCCUCAUUGUUGUUAGGGGGGGGGGUAGGGUCUACACUAUCGGGAUGGGAGCGUUAAAACAAACUUUUAUUACAAAUCCCUUAAAAUUGGGACAAGGCAGACUCGGCCAUGGGUACAAUCUGUGUGUACACUCGCGUGCAUGUGUGCCUAUAUGCACAUUGGUAUGAACAUAGAUGGUCGCAAUUUAGACUGAGCGAAAUUGCUGACAUUUUCUUGCGAGUUGGGUUUGGGUGGAAAAUGGAGGGGAGGCGUUUUAGCCUGGUUGAACUCUUGAUAUUCGAACCAUUCAUUCAUUCAUUCAUCUCGCAUUCGAGUUUACCCGCGCUCAACGGUGACACAUAAGAGUGCGAAAUGAAAAACAAGACGUGAAACCGUGAAGAAGAACUCCGUCAAGAUGAUCUUGUCUGGGGCUGGUCUCCGCUUGAAACAAGGGCGCUUUCUCUCUCUUAUAUAAAUAAACACGAACUGAAUGCAGAUUUGACUGUUCCUACACGGCGGCUCUUUCAAUGAUUGGUUUGCUGCAAAUAACAACACACCGUAACAACACACUUAUAGAUAUAUAUAUAAGAAACACUUGGAUCGUGAGGAGGGCUCGGGCUUAUUAACAAUGCCACAAAACUAAGGACGAAUUAGUUCUUCAACGAUCGAACCGAGUCGUCUUCUCGCAGAAGGCAGCAAUAAAUAUAUCUAAGGUGCACAAAAAUGCUGGAGAAACACAGCGGGUGCAGCAGCAUCUAUGGAGCGAAGGAAAUAGGCAACGUUUCGGGCCGAAACCCUUCUUCAGACAAAUAUAUCUAUACUCUCUCUUUUCUUCCUCAAUCGAAGGAGGUUUCGUGAAGUACUUUGUCGCCAUGGCUGGAUAUUUGUGAGCUUUGUUUCGCUAGACACUAGACAGCAUUUAACUCCAGCAGUGACUUUUUUAAAUGGGAGCUGGCGAAAAUUAAACAAAAAACCUCGAAUGUUUCCUUUUGAUUUUCCAACCGAUUUUUAAAUUGUUUACAACAAACUUAAGAGAAGAGCGCAGAGGGAAGAAAACACAAAACGACAGCAUGGUGGAUAGAAAGGGUUUUCUAAAACAAAAUGUUAACACACACAC